CAACCGCCAAUAUCUUAGGAAAUGACGCACCCAGCUUCAGUCGCCCAGGAAAUUUCCCUCUUUCGCUCUCGGAUUCAAAAUCGAUGGUUGGAAUGAUCGUAUAUUUAUGGAAUAUAUGAUUGAUGAUGUGACCAUUCGAGUUCUCGAAUCGAUUUUAGUUUCCAAAGAUGUGCAGUCAUCGAUUGAAUUCAAAUCGGUUUUGAAACUGUUCAUGAGAGAUGAAUCUCUUCUUAUAUUUGGUGAAAUCGCGGAAGAAUCAGUCGAGAUUAAGCUUACAUGUGCUGAGUUUCUGGUUCGUGUUUUUGCUAUGAUUGGCGACGUCGAGAGUUGCUUGGCCUUGAGAUAUGAAGCAUUGGUUCUGCGAGACGAGAUGGCUGCUGUACACCCUGAGCUUCAAGUCACUUGUAAAGAAUGGCUCACCUUUGCUGAGCAUUCACUUGAAAAUGGAUUCCAUUCCAUUGCAAACCAGGCAUGUGAAAAGGCACGUAUGUGCUCAGGUGCAAUUCACCUGGAAUCAGAUGACUUCCUCCAUGAUGUGCAUGUUAUGGAAAAAAUCGAUAGGUUGAAGGAUAGUGCUUUGCUCAAAAUUUCUUCACAAUCUGUCCAGGCACAGGCUAAAGCAUACUCAAAGCAGAAAAAAGUUAAGGAGAGUACACAACAGUUAGUUAUCUCUACUGAAACACAAAAAGGAAGCUCUCUGUUUAGAAGUGGGAUCAAAAAGCAUAAUUUGCGGAAAUUGCAUGAAUAUCGAUGCCUUAGAAUGUUAUCCGGAUGAAGGGAAUCUGCAAUUAAUUCCGAGUUGGUAAUGUCACAAUGCAGCUAGGCAUUGGCUUGUGAUGGAAGUCCACUCGGUCACGUGCCUAUGCUAUCCUGCUCAACUAGUUAAUUUCCCUUCUUCCACUUGGGAUUCUAGGUAUGUGAUUUAACGGUAGCGUUAAAUCAAGAAUGAUGCAUAAGAAAUUAUUUUAAUUACUCUGCUAAAAAAAAUAGCUAGCUUGAACGAAACCCAUGAAGAACUAGAACCAUGAGACCCUUUGGAUCGACAUUUGUGUUAUCAUGUUGCCACAAUAAGAUCUCAUCUCAUC